AUGACAUGAUAGAUAAAUAAAUACAGAAUUGGUAUAAAGAUAUCAUCGUGUAUCGCAACAAAAAAUGUCAGGUGCAGCCUCCUCAUCUACUAUUCUCACUACUUCACUUGUAUUUUCUUCCUCAUUCUCCUCUUCUCGUCUCUUUAUCAGAAGAAGACUUCCUCUAAGGUCAGCUUCAUCACCGCUACGCCGUCUUUGUUUGACCCGCGAAGUACCUGUCCGCAACCUCAUUAUGCCUCCUCGCGCCACUCUCGGCUUCACUCACCCCGCCAACACUGAAACUCCCAAGAUAUCUUUUGCAGCGAAGGAUAUUGAUACUGAUGUGGCGGAAUGGAAAGGGGACCUGUUAGCAGUUGCCGUGACGGAAAAAGAUGUUACUAGAGAUGGAGAGUUGAAAUUCCAGAAUUCGAUAUUGAGAACACUGGACUCUAAAUUGGGCGGUCUGUUAGGCGAAGCUUCGUCCGAAGAGGACUUCACUGGAAAACUCGGACAAUCAACGCUUCUCCGAAUUACACCUGCUGCUGGACUUGGAUCCAAGAGACUCGCCUUGCUUGGCCUCGGCCCAUCUGCUUCCUCUACUGCCGCCUUUAAAACGCUCGGUGAAUCUGUUGCUUCUGCAGCUAACUUCGCUCAGGCUGCCCAUGUUGCUGUCGUUGUUCUACCUACUUCGAAAGGACUCUCUGCCCCUAACAUUGCUUCUGCAAUCGCCACUGGGACUGUUGUGGGAACAUUUGAGGAUAAUAGAUUCAAGUCUGAGUCCAAGAAGAAACCGGUCCUUAAAUCACUUGAUAUUAUUGGUCUUGGAACAGGGCCUGAAUUCGAGAAGAAACUUAAGUAUGCAGGAGAUGUAUCUUCUGGAAUCAUUCUUGGAAAGGAGCUUGUAAAUUCUCCACCUAAUGUGCUCACACCAGGAGUAUUGGCAGAAGAAGCAUCUAAGAUAGCUUCAACAUAUAGUGAUGUUUUCACUGCCAAAGUAUUGGAUGCUGAGCAGUGUAAGGAAUUGAAAAUGGGAUCCUAUCUGGCUGUUGCUGCAGCCUCAGCAAAUCCUCCUCAGUUUAUCCAUCUGUGUUAUAAACCACCAACUGGACCUGUCAAUGUCAAGUUGGCAUUAGUCGGAAAAGGUUUGACUUUUGACAGUGGUGGCUACAAUAUAAAGACAGGACCUGGCUGUAUGAUUGAGCUCAUGAAAUUUGAUAUGGGUGGAUCUGCUGCAGUUUUUGGAGCAGCAAAGGCUAUUGGUCAAAUCAAACCUCUUGGAGUCGAGGUUCAUUUUAUAGUUGCAGCUUGUGAGAAUAUGAUAAGUGGAACAGGUAUGAGGCCUGGAGACAUUGUCACAGCUUCCAAUGGAAAAACUAUAGAGGUUAACAACACAGAUGCUGAGGGUAGGCUUACUCUGGCUGAUGCUCUGGUGUAUACUUGUAACCAAGGUGUGGAUAAGAUAAUUGACCUGGCAACAUUAACUGGUGCAUGUAUAAUUGCUCUAGGACCCUCAAUUGCAGGUGCAUUUACAACCAGUGAUGACCUGGCUAAAGAAGUUUUUGAUGCUUCUGAUGUGAGCGGGGAGAAACUAUGGAGGAUGCCAAUGGAAGAAAGUUACUGGGAAUCAAUGAAAUCAGGAGUUGCUGAUAUGUUGAACACCGGUGGUCGUCAAGGUGGUGCUAUUACUGCUGCUCUUUUCUUAAAGCAGUUUGUUGACGAGAAGGUUCAAUGGAUGCAUAUUGAUUUGGCUGGUCCUGUGUGGAAUGAAAAGCAGCGUUGUGCAACAGGAUUUGGUGUAUCAACUUUAGUGGAAUGGGUAUUGAGGAAUGCAUCUUAAAUGCCGCAUAUUUAAAUUGUUUAAUGCUUACUUUUAUUAUCACUUGUAUUUGUUAAAGCCGCGUUUGGGGUAGUUUUUUAGUUUCAAGUUUUCAAAUUUCAGGUUUUAA